AUUCGUCACUGAAUUCCCAUGUUUAUUUGGACACCCUGUAAAUACCUUGUACAAAAUACAGAUUUUGUAUUGUAUGUCACGUAUUUGUAGCUUGUACAUAAAAUUUUUCAGAUUUAUAUCUAUGGCUGUAUACUUGUACACAAACAAUCUCAGAUCCCUCUUUAGUUCAGGAUUCUCUGUUUACGGUUUCAGUUUGGUUAAACCUCUGAGUUUUAGAUCAGGCGUGGUUGGGUUUCCUGGUUGUCGGAGUAUUUCAUGUUUACAUUCUUCUAACUCAGCCCCUUGCGCCCGAAGAAGAGAUCAAAAUCUGAAUAAUUCGGUGGAGAUGUCAACCCAGAGCAGAGUUAUGAGCUCAAGUACCCAGGUCAGAUCAAGACUGGGAUCGGAGAAGAGGUUGAUCUGGGUUGACUGUGAGAUGACCGGACUGGAUAUUAAGAAGGAUGUGAUCAUGGAGAUUGCUGUGGUUGUUACAGAAGGAGAUACUCUUGAGGAGGUUGGUAGAAGUGAAAGUAUAAUAAUCCAAACUGCUGCUGGCCUGCUGGAUGAGAUGGAUGAAUGGUGUACACAGCAUCAUGGAGACUCAGGACUUACUGCAGCAUGCUUAACUAGUCAGAUUACUAUGAGAAGUGCAGAGGACCAGGUUUUACAGCUACUGGAGAAAUUAACCCCAAAGGGAAAAUGCCCUUUGGCGGGGAACAGUGUUGGAGAGGACAAGAAGUUUCUUGAAAAAUGUAUGCCGCGUGUGUUCUCACAUUUGCAUUAUAGAAUCGUGGAUGUUUCAACUAUUAAAGAACUGUACGCAAGAUGGAAACCAAUAACAUUAUCUAGUGCUCCAAGAAAAAUGGGAACUCAUAGAGCGCUUGACGAUAUCCUGGAGAGUAUUAAAGAACUGAAGUACUACAAGGAAAACUUUUUCAAAUUGUAGAACAAAUGUGAUAUCUUUAUUCUGUAAAGCCUUUAAAUAGAUCAGAUUUCUAAAUA